AUGACCAGAAUCGCGCCUCCAUGCGAAGAGGACUAUUCCCACGAACCUUCUAAUCUGAGUCUCUGCGGGGACAGUUAUUUCUUCAGCGGACGCUUUAGAAGCUAUGGCCGAGUCCCCAAAGCUGUUGAUGAAAAUAAUGAACUGGACUUUGAUCAUGUGCAUGGGGCGUAUAACACUGAGUACAUCGUGCUUGGACCUAGUGAGCGGUAUUUUCGCUGCAGGCGUAUCCGCGAAGGAGAGUCUUGUGCUCAUUCUUUGUUAGACAGCAGUGACUUGGAAGACUACGAAGAAAUUACCGACUUCUGCGAUGACCACCAAGUCGAGCGCCCAGCCUUUUUAUGCUUCGGGCCCAACGGCACGUUUUACAUCCGUACCGUGAACGAUGAAGAGAAGUGGAAUCUUCCUGCUGAGACGGUCCGCGAUGCUCUUCAGGUGACGCCAGGCGCUGCGCAAUCUGGCGCUCAGGGUCUCUGGCUUGGAGCUGAGGGCUCAUGGGUGGUCCAAUACCGCGACGGCAGCUUCCGCUUCGAUCUCCGAGGCCGGUAUGCUGCUCUAGAGAGGGCACUUCAACAGGCUCAAGAGGAUGGCGUCCGGAUUAGUGGUCUUGCUCUGAACCUGCUCGAUGCGGAUUCGUAUGCUUGCGUCUUUAGUGACGGAGUGGUUGAGUACGAGGUCGGACAGGCUGGAUUUGACGGGAAAGAGUUUGAAAAGUGGUGUGAGGAGAACUUUGAGCUGAAGGAGCUUCAUAAGCUGUUGGCUGAGAUUUCCGAGGUUACUAGGAGUAACUGGCCCUGA